AUAGCAUUCCAAAUAAUGUCUCCCUAACUCGAACAAUCAUUUGUAAACAAUAUUUCCUUAGCAUUGUAGGCUAUGCCUAUACAUUCAUUACCUGCUAUCCCCCCUAUACACAUCAAAAGUCAACAAUAACUUUCACUUUACUUCCUAAAUACAGGAUGAGGUUGCCCCUAGAUCCGGUUAUUUUACUUGUUAUUUGCGGCGCUCUGCUGCCAUUAGAAAUAGUGGCCAGAAGCCUACCGCCCGCUAUUGUAGAGACAACUCCGGCUAUUGAAGAGACAACUUCUGCCAUUCCAUUGCAGCCUCAACACAUUAGCCGUUCGAAACGGGCAAUUCCCUCGAUUCCAAUGGAUUUCCACACAAAGCACUUGCCAUGCGAUAUGGACCUGAGAGGCGGCCAAAGCUAUAUGUCCGCCUUCCCCAAUCAGUGCGUUUGGGCCUACAACAAUCGCUACAGGAGUGAAGACAACUAUGCCAUCUAUAAGACCUAUCAAUUGGAGUCAUUCUUUUUCGGCCAGUAUCAUGAGCGCCUAAAGCGCUACGAAGUGGAGCCCCAUAGCUACGAUUACAAUUAAAAGGUUCAGUAAUCGUACAACAAAAAAUUAAUCAUUUCAAAAUUUUAAUUAUGGACUUACAAGUUACAAAUAUAUUGUGGAAUGAUCUCUUUCGUUAGAUAUUGGA